GAAUGUGAAUAACGUGUUGCCAGCUGUAACUCGCGGUAGCCGAAUGGUUCCCGGAACCCUGUAAUUUGGCUUUAGUCUAGUUUAAAGACAAAAUGCUGCCCAGCGCAGGAUUUUUCGCCACCGUCACGUGUCCUUUCCACGCGCGGGGUUUCUGCGAGCGACCCUUCUGCCCUUUCAGACAUGAUGAUGCCGCAGAGCUGAGCAACUGGAAAAUACAAGGAGGUGGAAAAGCUCCUCUGCCUCUCUGCAAAGAAGGCUGUUGGGUAACUACAGAGAAAAACAGCUGCUUUUUGGAAUUGGAGAGGAUCAACAAAGAGAUUGAAACAGUCAAGUGUGAGGUGGAGAAGGAGCAGCGGCGGCUAUCCCAUUACCAGACUUUUCAGGAGGACUGUGCUGGUAAUGGCUCAAGCAAUGAUUUGAAUCUGCAUAAUGGACUCAAAGAAUUACAGCCUAAGAGCGCUGUAGAAUUCCCAAAGCCAACCUGCGAUGGAGAGGAAAGGCAGAAUCUUAAAAGGACACGAAAAAGCAGUUCUGAAAACCAAAGUGGGUCAAGAACUGAUGUGGAUUCAGAUGAGGAAGGAGUCUUAAUAAUUGAUAUUCCAGCACUAGAAGAGCACAAGAAGAGGCCUAGGUCCACGAAGUGCAAGACCAACACAAAGGUACUGCUGGAAAGAUCUGAAAUUGAUGUACCAGUACCCUUGAUGUCUGAAGUGUCAGCUUCAACAAAACCUGACUUGGAUGUUUUGACUUCUGCUAUGGAAUCUGGGUAUUCUAACUGUGCAGACUCAGCAAUAGUUAAUCAGGGAGAUUAUGGUAAAGGAAAGCUCUUUGAAGAUGUAUCUCAGUGUCUGGAAAAACUUGAAAGUAAAAAAAUGGCUUAUUUGCCAGAGCAUGAGCUUGUUAAAGGGAGCAAGAUGUAUGGUGUUUCAGAAUGUUCUGGACUGAUUUCAACCUCUUGGCCUGAGAAGACUCUGCUAGUCAAGCAUACUUCUACUCCACCAAGCAAAAUGGAGACUGUAAUUCAGAAUAUAAUUCCAGCUGAUCCUUUUGAUAAGGACUACUGCUUACAACAGAAACCAGUGACAAGUCGAGCUGCUUCCGAGGCUCUGAAUGACGAAUAUUCCUCGGCUUCAGCCCUUAAGGCUAAGCAUGAAGAGCAGCAAGACACGCAACAAGCUAUCCCUUCAGCUGAAACCACUUGGGUGCCUGUGCUACCAGGUGUGUCGUGUGAUCAAAAAACGGUAACACCGUUGAACUUUGCAGGGGCUCUUCUAGUAGGUACUGGUGAUCACCAAACUGCUGAUCACCAGACCACUAACCAGCUGACUCCUACUAAUGUGCAACAGAUCAAGCAACUUGCUGUUACUAAUUACCAAGGUGCUGACAUACCAGCAAAAGAUUACCAGCCCAUCUACAAUCAACCAGUGGCUUCUACAGAUGUUUUCCAACCAAUAUCCAAAUCUUUGACGAGCACUCUACAACCAGCUUCUUGUGACUUUGGACUGUAUGCUACACAGCCAAACAAUAUACCUGGAAAUGCCAAUCAAGCUAUUGGAACAGGUUUGAGCUCUGAGGAGGACAACUGUUCUGACGUGGAGCUGUCGGACAGUGAUCCUAUGGAAGAAUGUUACCGCAUAUUCAUGGAGGCCAACCAAACUGAACCAGCACAAAUCCAAAAUGACAUCCAGACAGAGACUGUAGUUGUGGAGAAGACUGAAAUGGAGAAGAAACCUCUUCCAGUUUCAGGGCCAAAGAAAAGAGUAGCACAUGUGUCCAAGCAUGAGCUGGAGCAAAAAGCCACAGUGGCAAUGGCCAGUGUCAAAGGGGGACAGACUUUCACUACUGUCACAAGUCUGCAGAAAAAUCUGGAAAAUGUAACUCCUUCCCCGUCGAAGAUUCCUGUGCAAACCAGUAAGUGUGGGAAGCUUGAAUCCUCAGAAAGGAGAAAUGCCUGUGUAAAUAUCCUCCCAGUUGGAGCCACUAUACAGUGGGCCAAUGUGCACUUCAUCCUCCCAGAGGGCACAAUUGCUCUGCCCCUGAGUUCUGUCCCCACCCCACCAAGUGCUUCCAGCAUUCAUUCCCCUAUGCCACUGCCUCAGCACCCUAUUGUUACCCCUGCCAAGCCCCUGCCCCAGCCAGCUGCUUCUAAGCGGAGGCCUAAAGUCCGUCCAGAGGCCAGUACCAAAGUUCCCCAUGAUCUUCGGCAGCGCUAUGUCAACUUGUUUGUUGAGGAAUUCCUGAAAACAUCUUUUACUGUCCAAGAUGCCUUUGAAAAGGCCCUAGCUGAAGAGAAGACCAUAUAUGACCGAAGCAUAAACAAGCUGAAGUAUCUCAGUGUGGCUGUUAAUGUGCUCAAGAGGCUCAAAAACCAGUGUGUGAACUCUCCUAAAACCAGUACUGAGGCCACUGUUCUGGGGUCAAGGGGCCACAUUUCUCUUAGUCCUCUACUUCUGCUGACCAGUGAUACAGCGGUGGUUGCUUUGUACAACCAGCUGAAGGAUUAUACCUUAUCUGAAGCUCUGCUCAAGGAGAAUAACUAUGCCUUUGCCCACCCGGACAUACCUGGAAGGGCCAUUCAGUAUGGUAGCAUCAGAAAGGGAGGCACUGACUCACUAAAGAAGAUCUGCUGUCGAUGUGGAGCAACAUUCUCUGUGAGCUUGACGGGGACCUAUACCAGAAAGGAGGAGUGUAACUAUCAUUAUGGGAAAGUAGUAGAAAAUAAAGUACCUGGUGGAGUAGAAACACGCUACAGUUGCUGUGAAGGUGCUGUUGGGACCCCUGGGUGCCAAGUAUUCAAGCUGCAUGUGCAUGAUGCUCUCAGCCUUGAUGGCUUUGUUAGGAGCAUCCCUAGCCCUUCACUGGACAAUGGCUGCCCUGGUGUGUUUGCACUGGACUGUGAGAUGUGCUACACCACAAAGGGUCUGGAACUGGCCAGAGUAACAGUGGUCAAUCCCAAACUGCAGGUCAUCUAUGACACGUUUGUUAAACCUGACAGUGAGGUCAUUGAUUACAAUACCAGGUUCACGGGAAUAAGUGAAGAGGAUCUCUCCCAAGCAAACUCAUCUAUUUCUGACAUCCAGACAUCUCUGCUCAGUUUCAUUAAUGCAGACACCAUACUGAUUGGCCACAACUUGCAAAAUGACCUCUGUGCUUUAAAGCUUGUUCACAGCACAGUUGUGGACACAGCUGUGGUAUUUCCUCAUUGCCUUGGGUUUCCUCACAAGAGAGCACUCCACAGCCUUGUUGCAGAUCAUCUCAGAAGGAUUAUUCAAAGUGUUUCUGGGCAUGACUCUGGAGAAGAUGCCAUUGCUUGUAUGGAACUAAUGCUGUGGAAGGUAAAGGAAGACUCCAAAGGGAAGAGAUUGUAAUGGGAUUAAAGGAUAACUUUACCUGCUCAUGGAAGGCAUUCCACUACUGACAAGAGAAUUCAUUCAUGUACCUACAUCUAUUCCGUUCAGUAUUAGUUGUGAAAGUUGGUUCUCCUAUGUUGGUGUUUUGGAUUACUUAAUAGCAAUGUCACAUUUCUCUACUUCUCUUUAGAGUGUAUUGCAAUACCUAUGAAUAUUGCAAGAAAUAGAAGGGUGAAUUAAACAAUUUGCUGGAUGUCAAUUUUCAGACUGCAAAAGUAAAAGCAUAUGA